GUGCGACCCUGCGAGGAAACCCUACCGCCGCAGAAGCAGCCAUGGGUAUCGACCUCGUUGCCGGUGGGAGGAACAAGAGGACCAAGCGCGCCGCGCCCAAGUCCGACGAUGUCUACCUCAAGCUCCUCGUCAAGCUCUACCGUUUCCUGGUGAGGAGGACCAAGAGCAUGUUCAACAUCGUCAUCCUCAAGAGGCUCUUCAUGAGCAAGACUAGCCGCCCGCCGCUCUCCAUGCGCCGCCUCUCCAACUUCAUGAAGGGAAAGAAGGGAUCUGGAUAGGUUGCAACUGGGAGUAAAAUAUGCGUCCGAACUGAUCGUCUGGUGCGAAAAUCGACGACCAAGAUCCACUUCAGCUUGGUAGUGACCUGUGAGAGAUCUGUGGUGGUAAGCGACACGUGUCUGAUCCCUGGGCAUCGGUUCAUUUGUGAUGU